AUGCCCGGCACUCCGUCCUCAUCAUGGCGACUCUACCGCGCGCGUCUCAUGUCCAAGUUUGAGGGAGCAUCGCCCAGAGUUUGCAUUGCCUUCUGGUUGUUCGGUCUGGUCAACAACUGCUUCUACGUAAUCCUCCUCACUGCUGCCCUCGAUCUCGUCGGAGCAGGGAUCCCCAAAGCGACAGUUCUAUUGGCAUCCAUAAUACCAGGACUGUCUACCAAGAUCGUGACCCCAUACAUCAUCGACUUGAUCCCAUACUCGCUUCGCAUAACAAUACUUGCGGCCCUAUCAGCAAGUGGAAUGCUUGCUGUGGCACUCUCUCCAGAUGACACGGAUGCAAGAAGCCUUGCAGGCAAGAUAGCUGGCAUCGUCUUGGCCAAUAUUAGCUCUGGUGCUGGUGAGGUCAACUUCCUCAGCCUGACACACUUCUAUGGCCACUUCAGCUUAGCUGCCUGGGGAAGUGGCACGGGAGGAGCAGGUCUAAUAGGCGCGGGUGUCUACACACUCGCAACGACAACGUUGGGCUUCAGUGUGAGGGGAACCCUCUUGUCCAGCAUCCUGCUGUCAGUCGUCAUGUUGGUCAGCUACUUCAUUCUCCUUCCUCUUGGCCCUUUGAAGGGCGCACAAAAGAACAGAAUGGAAUACCACCAAAUCGAGACGGACGACGCUGAGACACCAGGCCACGAAUCUUCUGGUCUACUCGAACAACCACCAGAAAGAUCGAUUUCGCCCGCCUAUCAGCAUAACCAAAGCUCUGUCAAGCAGGCCAUGUCAGACCUCAAAGUCAAGUUGAUCCGCGCGAGGUCACUAGUAGUUCCAUAUAUGGUGCCGCUGUUUCUCGUCUAUCUCGCAGAGUACACGAUCAACCAAGGCGUCGCCCCAACACUGCUCUUUCCACUCGACGAAUCCCCUUUCAAGCACUUCAGAGCCUUCUACCCGACAUAUGGAACGAUCUACCAGCUCGGCGUCUUCAUCUCGAGAUCGUCCCUACCGUUCAUCCGGAUACGCAGCUUGUACGUCCCAACCUUGCUCCAGGUGCUCAAUCUGGUCGCUCUCACCGCCCACGCAUUAUGGCCGUUCGUUCCCACGGUGUGGUUCGUGUUCGUCAUUAUCUUCUGGGAAGGACUCCUCGGCGGUCUGGUCUAUGUUUCGACGUUUGCCGCGAUUCGAGAAGAGGUACCUGAAGCGGAGAGGGAGUUCAGUCUAGGGGCAGCGACGGUCAGUGAUAGCGCUGGCAUCUUCUGUGCUGGCCUUCUUGGCGCAGGUAUGGAGACUGCUUUGUGUCGAUGGCAGGUUGGCCAUGGUAGAGACUGGUGCAGAAGACUUUGA